CCGGUGAAGGAAUGUGUGCAAUGUUAUUGUCGAGCUCGUGUCAAAAGAAAACAUUAUUAGUUUAACUCUUUCAUACGCAUGAAAUAAUGAGUUUCUUGGACAUCAUUUCGUCUACAAGAGACUAGUAAAUUGUUCCAUGGAAACUGACUGUGAAAUCUGAGCAAUGUCCUCCCAGCCAGAUAACUUAAUACUGUCCUCGGGUCACAACUUAAGCAUGGACUACUCCUCCAUGGACAUUCGACUGAAAAUCAUCUGCCUGAGCUUCAUCUUCUACACCUUCAUCUUCAUCCUCUCUCACAUCCUGUCUAAACUGCUGUUUCGCACAUACCGCUCGUUGUCAGCCAAAGAAAAGGUCUUCUGGGAUCUAGCUGCGACACGGGCUGUGUUUGGCAUCCAAAGCAUGGUGGCAGGGCUUCGAGCGCUCAUGGAGGACUCUGCUGUCUUUUCUGAUAAGAUUCUCGGGCAGGAGGACUGGUCGUGGUUCAAUGUGCUGUCCGCUACUGGCUUUUUUUUGUUUGAAAAUGUGGCCCUUCAUGGGUCCAACGUGGUGUUCCGGUCCUUCGAUCUGCCGUUAGCUGCGCACCACUUCUUUGCCCUUUCAGGGUUUGUUGGGGCGGUUGUGUGGGACUGGCUGGGUCAUUUCUUGCCUAUGGUAACCCUGCUGAUGGAGAUGAGCACACCCUUCACCUGCAUCUCCUGGAUGCUGCUUAAGAUGGGCUGGUCCAGGACUCUGUUCUGGAAAGCUAACCAGUGGAUAAUGAUUCACAUGUUCCACUGCCGGAUGGUUCUGUCCUACUACAUGUGGUGGGUAUGUUGGAAUCACUGGGAGGAGAUGAACACACACAUCCCUCUGGUUCAGAGAUUCCUGUUCUUCAUAGGCCUCUUCCUGCUCACGUUCUUCCUCAACCCCAUUUGGACGCAUAAGAAAACCCUGCAGCUUCUCAAUCCUGUGGACUGGAACUUUGACAACAUGCCCACACCAGAGAACGGACCAAUCCAAGACCAGGCACGACAUAAACCCCAUGCCAGCUGAUUACUGCCAAGAUCAAUGCCUUAUGGGAAAUACAGUCUGAGGAAGACUGCAGCUAUAAACGUCAGAUGGGAGCAGA